AUGCCGUCCUGCCCAGCACCAGUGGUGGCAAACUCCACACAGACUGGUGCUGGGUAUUACAUUGGAAGCACAGUGCAUAUCAACAUCACUUGCAGUACUGGGUAUCGAAUGACUGGAAGCUCUAGUGUAACCUGUACUGACAGACUACAGUGGUCUCCUACAUUACCAGCAUGCCAAGAUAUCAAUGAGUGUACAUCUGGUGCUCACAACUGUUCAAUGAACUCAACAUGUACAAACACAGCUGGUAGUUACACGUGUGGUUGCUACGCUGGAUUUGCCAAUGCUUCAUCCAUCAACCUUUGUUCAGCAUGUGUUGCACCGUGGAAGCAAAUUGCCGCUGGAUCAAGAUAUUGUGGAAUGGUCCUGCCAGGAGUUCACUCCUACCAUCAGGCACGAGCACUCUGCCGAACACAACCUGGCGGUGACACUUGGCUUCCCAGAGUAUACAAUAAACAAGAGAAUGAUGAGAUUGGUCAGCUAGUCAAAUGGAAUGUAUGGCUGGGAGGAGAUGAUGAAGAAAAUGAAGGUGUGUUUCGAUGGAGAGAUACGGGAGAUAAUAUCACUUACAGUAACUGGCAAUUUGGUGAGCCGAAUAAUGCGGGGGGAGAGGAUUGCAUCGGACUACUCUACAGCAUAAGUUCAACGAAUGUGUGGAAUGAUUUUGAUUGCACUGCCAAUUCCUGGAAGGUGCUAUGCGUGAGAGAUAUGCCGUCCUGCCCAGCACCAGUGGUGGCAAACUCCACACAGACUGGUGCUGGGUAUUACAUUGGAAGCACAGUGCAUAUCAACAUCACUUGCAGUACUGGGUAUCGAAUGACUGGAAGCUCAAGUGUAACCUGCACUGACAAACUACAGUGGUCUCCCACAUUACCAGCAUGCCAAGAUAUCAAUGAGUGUACAUCUGGUACUCACAACUGUUCAAUGAACUCAACAUGUACAAACACAGCUGGUAGUUAUACGUGUGGUUGCUACUCUGGAUUUGCCAAUGCUUCAUCCAUCAACCUUUGUUCAGAUGAGAAGGCUUGA